AUGGCAGAGGUCGAACUCAAAGACGCCGGCAAAGACUUACCGGCUCAGUCCCCGGUGACACCGACGUCGGAGGACAAGACGUUGGGCCGAAACGAGGCCGGUUCCUCCGCCGCUACGUCUCCUUCUACGGAGCCCUCAGCCAAAGCCGGGGACGGGACUCCGGGUUUGCUCACCCCAAACGCCGCAAAGCUGCCCCAGGCGUCGGCUAUGAAGCGAACCGACCCCCAGCAGAACGGCGGGGAGGCUUUCGUGAACCGGGACGGCACCGUGGCCGAGGCUCCGCGGAUGAAAAAGGCAAGUUGGGGCGGCGGUUUUUCCCAACCGGAGCGGCGCGUGCUGGCGGUUUUUGGACGUUCGCGGAGCCUCGCGCCGCAUUGGAGGCUCGCGGUGGGAAGCAUUGUGUGGCGAUGCUAG